AUGAAGACCCAGGUCAUGUUGGAGGAGACCAUGAAGACCCAGGACAUGUUGGAGGAGACCAUGAAGACCCAGGACAUGUUGGAGGAGACCAUGAAGACCCAGGACAUGUUGGAGGAGACCACGAAGACCCAGGACAUGUUGGAGGAGACCAUGAAGAGCCAGGACAUGUUGGAGGAGACCAUGAAGACCCAGGUCAUGUUGGAGGAGACCAUGAAGAGCCAGGACAUGUUGGAGGAGACCAUGAAGACCCAGGACAUGUUGGAGGAGACCAUGAAGACCCAGGUCAUGUUGGAGGAGACCAUGAAGACCCAGGUCAUGUUGGAGGAGACCAUGAAGACCCAGGUCAUGUUGGAGGCGACCAUGAAGCCCCAGGUCAUGUUGGAGGAGACCAUGAAGACCCAGGGCAUGUUGGAGGAGACCAUGAAGACCCAGGUCAAGUUGGAGGAGACCAUGAAGACCCAGGUCAUGUUGGAGGAGACCAUGAAGACCCAGGACAUGUUAUGA